CGCGGGGCGCCGGCAGCGAGUGCAGCAGCCGCAGCACCAUGCCCGAGCCCACCUCCGGGCAGCCGCCGCGCGCCGCCAGAACCCCGGAAGGGGAGGAUGCCAGACACCCGGGAGAGGCCAGGACAGCGGUGGUGGCGGCGGCGCGAUGGUGGUGACAACCUCUGCCCGAAGCGGCAGCGGCGGGGACCGCGCGUCCCCCCGGCGGCGGGGCUGCGGACUCGCGCCGGCCGGGGCCGCGGCACUGCUCGCUGGGGCGAGUUGCUUGUGCUACGGCAACUCCCUGCAGGGCGAGUUCGUGCACGACGACGUGUGGGCAAUCGUGAACAACCCCGACGUGCGGCCCGACGCCCCGCUCCUCUGGGGCAUCUUCGCCAACGACUUCUGGGGCAAGGGCAUGGCAGAGAACACCAGCCACAAGUCCUAUCGGCCGCUCUGUGUCCUCACCUUCAAGCUAAACAUAUUUUUAACAGGCAUGAACCCAUUCUACUUCCAUGCAGUAAAUAUAAUUUUACACUGCCUGGUGACUCUUGUGCUGAUGUAUACCUGUGACAAAGCUGUCUUCAAGAGUCGUGGACUUGCUUUUGUUACGGCGUUGCUUUUUGCUGUGCAUCCUAUUCACACUGAGGCGGUGGCUGGAAUUGUUGGCAGAGCUGACGUGUUAGCGUGUCUGCUGUUUCUGUUGACCUUUCUCUCCUACAGUAGGAGUUUGGAUCAGUGUUGUGUUGGGGAAUGUUUCCCGCCCACAGCUUCUCCAUUGUUCUUGCUGCUCAGUUUGGUUCUGGGGACCUGUGCAAUGCUGGUGAAGGAGACAGGCAUCACGGUAUUUGGAGUGUGCCUGGUUUAUGAUCUCUUUUCCCUCUCCCACAAGCAAGAUAAAUCGAGCAAUGGGGUCAUCCAUCAGUGCAUCCCCCAGCAGCCUGGGUGCCCUCAGCCCUCCUCACUGCCAGCGCACCCUCACCGGGAGAAUGGAAAGCAGCGGUUCCCUCACAAAGGAGCUUGGGGUGCCUGCCACCCCCCAUUGCCACCAGAACCCAAGAGCAGUGGAUUUCCAGUGUCUCCAGGAACCAUGUGGUCCAUGAUGAGGUAUCUAACAGCAAGCAGCAAUAGAGAUUUCCUGCUUACCAUGAAGCCCUUUUUAAAAAGGGCUGUUUUGGUCAUAAGUUAUGUGAUUAUAAUUUUGUACUUCCGUCUGUGGAUAAUGGGAGGAUCCAUGCCGCUCUUUUCAGAGCAAGAUAAUCCAGCUUCAUUUUCGCCUUAUAUUCUUACAAGAUUCCUUACCUAUUCCUACCUCUUGGCCUUCAAUGUGUGGCUUCUGCUCGCACCCAUUACCCUGUGCUACGACUGGCAGGUUGGAAGUAUUCCUCUGGUAGAGACCAUAUGGGACACGCGGAACUUAGCCACCAUCCUUCUGGCAGUCGUGAUGGCCUUAUUAAGCCUACAUUGCUUAGCAGCCUUCAAGAGACUGGAGCACAAGGAAGUUUUAGUGGGCUUGUUGUUCCUGGUUUUCCCGUUCAUUCCAGCCAGCAAUCUCUUCUUCAGGGUGGGUUUUGUGGUGGCCGAGAGAGUCCUUUACAUGCCUAGCAUGGGCUACUGUAUCCUUUUUGUGCAUGGAUUGAGCAAGCUCUGCACGUGGCUGAAUCGAUGUGGGGCCACCACCCUGAUUGUGUCCACUGUGUUGCUGCUUCUGCUUUUCUCUUGGAAAACUGUGAAACAGAAUGAAAUUUGGCUGUCAAGAGAGUCCCUAUUCAGGUCUGGAGUUCAAACUCUGCCCCACAAUGCCAAGGUACACUACAACUAUGCCAAUUUCCUGAAGGACCAAGGUCGGAACAGGGAAGCCAUCUAUCACUACAGAACGGCACUCAAGUUGUAUCCACGCCAUGCAAGUGCCCUGAACAACCUUGGAACACUGACCAGAGACACCGCAGAGGCAAAGAUGUACUACCAGAGGGCUCUCCAGCUAAACCCACACCAUAACCGGGCUCUUUUCAAUCUCGGAAAUCUCCUUAAGUCCCAGGAGAAAAAAGAAGAAGCCAUCAUCUUACUGAAGAAUUCCAUUAAAUAUGGCCCAGAGUUCGCGGAUGCAUAUUCCAGCUUAGCUUCAUUAUUGGCGGAGCAGGAAAGAUAUAAGGAAGCUGAGGAGAUUUACCAGGCUGGAAUAAAGAACUGUCCAGACAGCUCAGACUUACACAACAACUAUGGGGUUUUCUUAGUUGAUACUGGCUCUCCAGAGAAGGCAGUGGUUCAUUACCAACAAGCCAUCAAACUUAGCCCAAGUCAUCAUGUGGCCAUGGUCAACCUGGGAAGACUGUAUAGGUCAUUGGGAGAGAACAAUGUGGCUGAAGAAUGGUACAAACGCGCACUGCAGGUGGCACGCAAAGCUGAGAUUUUAUCACCUUUGGGAGCGCUGUAUUACAACACUAACCGUUAUGAAGAGGCUUUGCAGAUUUACCGAGAAGCCGCAGCACUUCAGCCCUCUCAGAGAGAACUCCGCUUGGCACUGGCUCAGGUUUUGGCUGUGAUGGGUCAGACAAAAGAAGCUGAAAAGAUGACCAAUCACAUUGUGUCGGAGGCGACCGGAUGCCUUGAGUGCUAUCGCCUUUUGUCAGCAAUCUACAGCAAGCAAGAGCGCCACCACAAGGCACUUGAUGCUAUAGACAAGGCUCUCCAGCUGAAACCAAAGGACCCUAAAGUCAUAUCUGAACUUUUUUUCACAAAGGGAAACCAGCUAAGAGAGCAGAACCUUCUUGACAAAGCUUUUGAGAGCUAUAAAGCAGCCGUGGAGCUAAAUCCAGAUCAGGCACAGGCCUGGAUGAACAUGGGAGGAAUCCAGCACAUCAAGGGAAACUAUGUAUCUGCAAGAGCUUAUUAUGAGAAAGCCUUACAACUGGUUCCUGACAGCAAAUUGCUGAAGGAAAAUCUCGCCAAAUUGGAUCGCCUAGAAAAACGAUUACAAGAAGUUCAAGAAAAGGAUCAAACAUAACAGCGUUUUGACCCAGUCUUGUGGAACAUGGCUGGUACCUCUAGAAGAGGAGAAAGUGAUGGAGGCCUUGCUUUCACAUCUCCAGGGGUACAACCAAUGAAGUUUUUCUCUCUCCUGGCUCGAGGUGGCAGAUUUUGGGACACCUGCUGGUAAUCCUGGUGCUGAGAGACUUGCAUUGCCAAGAAAGAAGACAAAAAGAGCAAGCAAGGGCAAGGAGGUCUGGGAGGGAAGGAAAACAACAACUACACGUUUUACAGAUUGUUGCUUGGCUUAACUCCAGAUUUCCCUUCAUAUGUUUGUCUGCUUUUGCAGCCUGGAGAUCUCAUUCCAUGUCUUAGCCUAGCCUUUUAUGCCCCAGACGGGCAAAGCUUGGAAUGUUACGAAGGCAGAACAUCUAUUCUUUAUGGGAUGAGAUAUUUCAAAGAGGAUAAAUUCUCUGGGACAAGCCAUUUGGAAAAUUAUACCAAGAGGUGACUUGUUUAAUUUUCCAGAACCAGAAAGGAGUGUCUGUAGUCUUUGUAGAACCUUCCAGAAUAUGUGGAGAAAGGGUGAUUGUUAAGUGAGUUUAUCUAAUAUUCCCCUAAGAACAUUGCUAGAGCCCUAUUGAAGAGUAAACUAAGCUCCUCUCUGAUGCAAGCUUUUCCCACUGCUUUAAUAUAUCAAAAGGGAAGCUUCUGAAACUGUAUAUGGAUAUCCUUGCCCCUAAGGGAGCUUAGUUCUCUAAUACUUUAUGGAAAUGUUUAAAAUUAUUUUAAUGUUAUUACAAGUAUUACUAGAGUAGUGGUUCUGCUCUAAGAGUUCAAAAGAAAAAAAAAACCCCAGUGCCGUCAAACGAGUUCAGAAGUGCUUUUAAAUUCAUAAAUGUUCCCACCUCCAAAUAUAUUGUUAUUUUGGUGGAGAAAAAAAUAGUAUAUUCUAUGAGAAAAAUUAUUAAAGAUAUUAACUGAGAGAAAUGUCCUACUUUAUUAUCUUAGUGUUCAGACAUGAGAUUUAUUAUUUUUUUGAAAAAUAUAUUUAACAAUUGAGGAUUCCUUACAAUAUAUCACAGAAAUCUUCAUAGACUCAACUAGAUGGAAAGAGAGCUCUAUUUAUUUGUCUUCCUUGGCGUAAGAAGAAUUCUGUACUUAGAAAAUGAGUGGUUGAAACCCAGAGUCCUUGGUUCUGUAAUUUUAAUUUGGGGGAUUUUAUGGAGAAUGCUUAAAGAAUCUAAGGGAAAAAAGUCUAAAUUCAUAAUUAAAUAUAUAUAUAUAUAAAAGGGAAGGCAAAGUUGAAUUUGUAAUUUGGACAUCUAUUUUUUAGUAUUAUUUAUUUCUUAACUUAUGAAAUAUUUAAUAUAUAUACACUUGUUUUUCUUCAUAGUGGUUUUAAUACAAACUUUCAACACUGAUCAUAUAAAAAAUAUAAAUCUAAAUUACAAAGUAGUUAAGUUUUAACUUCUCAAAAAACUGGUAUUGAUUAUUCCCUUGUUAAAGAAAUUAGGGAUCAGCCUUCAGUGUUUGGGUGGUAAUUUAUUUUGAAAGUGAAGAAAUUGGAACACCUGAUUCUAAUUUGGUCAUCACCGUAAUAAAAAUAACCACUUAGGCAGCGCUGGUCUCAGUGCUGAGGCAGCCAUCCUACAGAUGUGCUAGCCUUGAAGGCAUACGUUAUUGCACAUGCUCUGGCUAGUGCAGGAUAAAAAGCCUUCCACUUCUCAACCCAGUGUUAGGAAGCACUGCCUCUGUACGUUCUUAUAUUUUUGUUAAGGUAAGUCUAAAAUAAAAGGAAGAAAACUUUGGGUGGGGAUGGUUGGGGAAAUAAUUUAAAUGCACAAGAUUACAGGAUUUCAAAAUCUGAAUUAGCAUGUAUCCAUUUGUGUACAUCAAUAAUUCAAUAAUGUAUAUAUCACCAUGAUGAUCUCCUGCUUCUAAUAACCUUUCAGUAUAAUACAGCCUAAAUUUUAUCUAAAGUAUUUUUCUUCCCCCCAAAAUGACACCUUAGUCCUCAGGCCAAGAAAUGUAUCACACUGAUGUAAAAUUACCACUACCGCUGCCCUGCAAUUGAAAAACAGGAACCCCUAGGAAUUUAUCACAGCUUUUCAGAAUAACUUGUAACCAAAAUUUGGGCUUAGAAAGUUCAUAGAAAAGGCUGAGCCCCAUAUUUUGAAAAGCAAUAUGCCUUAUUUGGAGUGCUUCUAAAGGUGUGAGGAUGUAUUUACUGAGGUAAUCGAAGAAAUUGAAAGUUAUUCAUUAUAACUUUUUUUUUUUUUUUUUUGAGGAAAAGGGUUCCAUGGCAUUCAGGAGACUCUGCUUUCCUAGGGGUGCAUUACUUUCUGUCUUUCUGUCUGUACACAUUGGUGUCUCGGAGCAUUAACAGUAAACAUUGUUGGAGCAGAUAUUUUUGCCUUGAGUUAAUACCUUCACUAUGACGUAGCCAAUGAAAUAGCUUUCACAAUAGAAAAGGAGCCUAUCAGAAUAAUUUACAUAUUUUAUUUAAAAGAUAUUAAGUGUGUUUUGUAACUAUUUUAUUUGGUCCUUGUAAUAUGAAAUAUCAAAAUAAAAAUGGAGUGCCCUGGCUUGUCAUAGAAAUACAUACAAAAAAAAAAAACAAAAAAACCCAAACUGGUUGUCAUGGAGUGGAUUUUGACUCAUGGUGGCCUCAUGUGUCAGAGUAGAACUAUGCUCCAACAGGGUUUUCAAUGGCUGAUCAUUUUGAAAGUGUAUCAUCAGCGCAUUCUUCCAAGGUGCCUCUGGGUGGGCUUGAACUUGUUUUUAACCUUUCGGUUAGCAGCCAAGUGUAUUAACCCAGUACACCACCCAGAAUCUCAGAGAUGCAUCCAGUUUGCCUUUAAUGAAGGCAUGAUGGUACGUGAGCUGAUAGCACCUUUCUGAAAUGGAGGAUCAGAGCGACCACCCUGAGAGUGAAAUCCGUGCUUUCCCACAGGCUCGCACUCAGAUGCGCCUUGUGCUUGGUUGAAUGCUCUGCUGUCGCCAUCUUGAAAUUCUUAUAAUUUUUUUAACAAGAGGCCUUACAAUUUCAUUUAACACUAAACCCAUGCUGUCGGGUCGAUUUUUGACUCCUAGUGACCACACCGGACAGAGUAGAACUGUCCCAUAGGGUCUCCAGUGAGCGGCUGGUGGAUUCGAACUGCCAACCUUUUGGUUAGCAGCCAAAGUCUUAACCACUGCGCCACCAGCUGGUCCUGGGUAGGAGGGAAGUGGCUCAGGACAGGACAGAAAUUGCUUUUGCCUGUUAAAUACUCGAUGAUCAGAUACAAUGAUCAGAGUUUUUUAUUUGUGACUGCAUUACUCUGAGCAGCAUUUGCUAUUGUUUCUCAGCUACGUUUGGAGUUCCUCAUGUGCACAUUUCUCUGUCCAGCUCCAGGUCUGUCUGGCCUGUUUUUCGAGCCUCUUUACAACCGAGUCUCCCAGCCCUCAACAUCCAUCUACCUGGCAGUCCUUUGACAUGUCCUUUGACAUAGAAGCCAUGAGAAUGGCUUUAGAAGCUUAUUUUAACCUAAAGAAUUAUUCACUUCAGAAUAUUUAAUAGGACAAGUAAUAAACGUUGUUCAUCUUUUUUUUAUCAGUGCCCCAAAACUAGGACCCAAAAAGAGGUUUAAAAAUGUAAAAAUUCUUGGCAGCUGUGUUUUGGAAUUUUAAAAAUUAUUCAGUGCUCACUUCAGCAGCACAUACACUAAAACUGGAACGAUACAGAGAAGAUUAGCAUGGCCCCUACGCAAGGAUGACAAGGAAAUUCGUGAAGCAUUCUAUAUUUGAAAAAAAAAAAAUUCAAGUGUUUUCAGUCUACUAAAGAGAUUCAGAAAACAUGAUUUCAGUGAUAUAAAAUGGGGGAACUAAACCAAAGAUUCAACUACCUUGGAGGAAAAGAAAUUUUAGGAAAUUCUGAGAUAUAUUCGAGUGUGUUUAUUUUGAAGCCUAUCAUAAAACAAAGAGGAUUGUCACCACUUUAAUUCCUACUCCUUAUAAUACUUGAUAGCCCUCAGCAUAAAAUUCUGAAAUCCACACCAGGCGGUACCUAGUUUAAUGCAAACUUUUUUCUGUGGUUGUUCAUAUGUUUUUCAUUACCUGCAUUUCAGCCAGACUCUAAAUGAGAAAAUACAAACUGACCUACAAAAACUGUAAUUUCAGGAGGAAUAAAAAGCAAAUGUGUGUUCUUUUUGUGGUCUCUAUGGAAUAUUCAGUUUCCUUAGAUUGAACAGCUGCAUUCAGCUGAUAGUUCCCUCACACACAAAAGCUAUCAACUGGGACCGCUCCCUGCAGUCACCUGGGGAGCUUUAGAAAUCCCUGAUGCCCUGGCUCCCCAGGUGAUGCUAAUAUGCAGCUAGGCUAGAGAACCACUAUGAAGCUGACAACUUUGAUGGACGUUUCUGACUUUUACAAAAGAGAAGUUUAUAAUCUUUUGUAAUUUUUACUUUUCAGUCUAGACUAAAAUGAGCCAAAGAAUUAUAAAGAAUGAUUUAUGACACAGUUGGUUGCUUGAGGCUAUUGUGCCCAGACUGACAAACAGGUGAUUGCAAUUGUGGCAGUUGGACUAUGAUUUGGCCUUAUUAUUUACAGAAUUCUUAGCUCUCAGAUGGAAAGGAAUUGUCUUGUCAUUUGCGUGCACCAGAUAAGGUGUCCAGUAUAUAAAACUGAUAUUCUUUAUGACUUGUAGAAGGUUCACAUGGCAUAGAGUUUACACCUAGAUAUGUGACUCUAUUUGUGUAUACACAUGUCAGAUUUUGUUAUUUCCUAAUUGUACUUGCUAGAAUCAGUUUAAAAAAAAAAAAACCUGCUUUGAUUUGUGGUGGAUGUACCCCUUAGAUUAAUCUAUAGAAUAUUACUAACAGCAUUCCAGGCAAACAUAGUUAUAGGUAUAUUAUUUUUUUUUUUUUUUUCCUUGUUUCCAAGUCACAUACUUUGAUUAGAUUGUAUGUUGGUUUAAAAAAAAAUUUAAUAUCUAAACGGUACCAUUUUACAUUUUAAGAGUAAAUACCUGUCAAAUUUUGCUUGUAGGCUAUAGCUGAGUAAGGUAAAAGCUUACAGUGCCAAAAAAUAAUAUAGAAAAAUAUUAUAACUUUUUAUGAUUCUUCAAGUUUUUAAUGCAAAAGAGAAAUAUGUUGAAUAGUCCUUCCAAAAACAGCACUUCCCUCAUUAUUUUUUAUUUUUAGUAAUUAUGUAACUUAAAGAGAAGAAAUAAAAUAACUGCAGUCAAAGACAUGGCUUAAUAUCAGUAAAAUAAAAUUGUACAACAAAAUUGAUGAUAUUCAUAUCUAUCACUUGGCUGAUAUUAAAAUAUUCCAUUUAGCUUACCAAGGAUUCUUUCAGUUAAAACUUUUAGGGCAUGUAACUCAUAAAAACAGCACCCAUUUCAAUGUAUGGUCAUUAUUUCAUAACUUUAGACCACCAUUUACUCCAGACUGGAAAAAGAUGUCUACGUUCAGAAAUCCAGCAGUUUCUUUCCAUUCUCAUGGCGUACAUGGUAUAUACUUGUAUCACAUCUGGUAGUUUCCAGUGUGCAUAAUGUCCUUUUGGAUUUGUCUGUAGGAACAAAGCAGUAGUCCAAGAAUCAGAAAAUCUGUGUUCUAGUCUUGGCACUGCCAUGGAGGAGCCACCUCACCCUGGGCAAGUUACCAAGUAUCUCAGACAUGUUUGUCUCAUAGAACCUCUGCAAAAGUAACUUUGAAUCUGACUGAAAGCACUCUGUGUCUGAGACAACUCAAAAUGUUGCACUUUAUUAUAAUGAUUUUUAAUAGAAUUACCACAACAAAACACUGAUGUACACGACCCUAAAUGUGUCUGACUGAACUGCCCAAUACUUUAACAUGGCAGAGUAAUUACUCUUAUUUUGCAGUCUAUGCCCUUAAAAAUUCAUACAGUGAUUUUGGUACUUUUCUAGGGAAAAAAGAUUAAGACCUUCCUCAUAAGAAAUUUAAAUAUCUGUAGAAGCCAUGGCUUAUUUUAUAAUGUGUAAAUCAUUUGACUUGCUGUGACUCACACUGAUUCCUGCUUUUCAUUCCAAUUUUGAUCAGUUGUAUAUAAAUGUUCAUUUUUUAACUUUUGCUGCGCAAGUAUAUCUCCCAUAAAAUUUUCUCCCAUUAAGUCUGAUUGUGUAUGCUUUGCUUAGGUCUCUUCCAAAAUAAAAUUUAUAUAAAUGUUUAUUUUAUAUAAAAUAUGAUGAAAAUAACCAUGUCUG